AUGGGCAGUCUUUCCACAGAUGCUAUCGUAACUAUCAUCAGUACAAUUCCUGGAUUACUUCUGUCGUCUUUGAGUGCUUGGUUCGCAUACGCAGCCAUCCGACGUCGCCAUGUCGGCAGCAAUGAUAUCGAGACCUCAACCGUCGGUCCCGUUUUGAUACGGAUGGAUACCGCUUCUUUAACCGCAUCGUCUAUUGCUCUUCAACUUCCGCCUGUACCAGCAGUACAGUCUCAGUUUGAGAACGCAAAUUCACCAGGCGUAUUUCGACGCCCACCAAGUCAAAAGCUCGAGCAUAUCUUGCAGCAGUGUCGGGAUGUCUCGUCCAUUUAG